ACACGAAAAAGAAUGAUGGUAGUACUUAAGGCCAAGGCUGGCAAAAACUUAAAUUUUAAAGUUUCUGACGAAUAUAAUAUUUGUACUUACUUUAAGGAGGCAAAAGCCAAAUUUUGGCAGUUGAAACACUACCUAAGCUUUCGAUUGAAAAAUGAUGAAACAAUCUUGCCGUGGGCAGUUGUUUAUAAUGACUGGCAAACAUCACUGGAUUGUAUAACAAAAAAUUAUUUAAAAAAGUUUCCAACCUCUAUAGUUACGUUCUGCAGAGAGUUGCUUCAUAUCUGUGAGAAAACUUUCGAGGGGUCCGCUGUACAGAAAGGCUGUGAGACGAUGUAUAACGAAUUCUACCAACUUAACCUUGACAAGCACAUCGAAAAAAACAUUAUCGAGAGAAUUUGGUUACUCGAUUCUACAAUAUUUUCAGAGCAUAGUUACUCAGAAUUCUUACAAGCAACGUGCCAAAAACGAAUAAGGGAAGAAACUUCGUCGUCUGGUGAAAAACGAAUUCGUUGUGAAGAAACUGAAUUG